CUGCUGUUGUUAGUCAGAAGCAGGUGGUAUUAGGUGUGUGGCAUUUUAUAGAUGAUCUGAUUUGACAAACAUUUCUAGUGCAAGAGCUGUCAUUCAUUUCUGUCAAUUUUCCUGGAAAAAGAAAGACUAAUAUUUAAACGUUCAAAGUGAAUUUUAUCAGCAUUUAGGAGUAGAUGAUCUCAAAGCAAACAGACAUGGAGUAAACGGCACAAGUUCAAUUUUGAAAAACAAUGCUACACAUGAAGAAAUUUGACCUAUGUAGACCAUCAUCUUAUUAAAAUGUCUGAAAUUUUCCAAACACAUAUACAGAAUGGAGGGAGAACUUGCAGUUUGCCUAAGAUGAAACAAAUUACAAGCUCAACACAAAAAGCACUUGUUUAAUUUCUGUUGACAUUCCUGUGUUGCUCUUUUUGGAGGCUUAUUGUGUACUUAAAACAUUUAGCAACAGUAACUGAGCACAUUAAACACACAAGAACAUGUGUUCCUGAUACACACACACACACAAAUCCCUGCGUACUCACUGACUGACUGACCCAGGCUUUCCAAGAUCAGAAGGGGUUUUGCCCCAGCUCUACCAGCACAACAUGCUCAGACCCUCAACACAGAGGUAUUCAGUGAGCAGACCGCUUUACUCAGAAGACACCUUUGAAGACGAACAUGCAAAAGUCUAUCGCAAACACAAGAGACUGCUGGACCAUUUUAUACAGUACUUCACUUGUACUUCCGAACGUGCAAAGAAUGCUGCUGUUUCUCUGCUGCCUAUCAUUGGAUGGAUGAAAAUCUACUCAAUCAAAGACUGGCUGUUGAAUGACAUUGUGUCCGGCGUCAGCACAGGAUUGGUUGCCGUACUACAAGGACUAGCUUACAGUUUGCUGGCAUCCAUCUCUACCUGGUAUGGACUAUAUGCUGCUUUUUUCCCAGUCGUCAUUUAUUUUUUCCUGGGCACUUCACGACACAUUUCUGUAGGAGCUUUCCCUGUACUGAGUCUCAUGGUGGGGGCCGUAGUGACCAGAUUGGUGCCCGAUGAGGGUCUGCCUGCCAACAUCACUGCUUUUGAGGGCCUGACGAAAGAUGAGCAGAGAAUCUUAGUGUCUGCCUCCCUCACUUUCCUAGUGGGUCUAUUCCAGCUUGGUAUGGGGCUGCUGCAAGUGGGAUUUAUUGUGAUGUACCUGUCGGAUACUCUGAUAUCUGGAUUCACCACCGCAGCUGCUGUUCACAUACUGGUUUCGCAGCUCAAGUUUGUACUAGGACUGACUGUACCAGGUUUCAGUGGACCACUGUCUAUUAUAUAUACUCUUGAGAGUGUAUUUACCCAGAUCACCUCCACUAAUAUCCAUGAUCUGGUGACUUCAAUUGUGGUGAUGGUGAUGGUGUUGGGCGUAAAGGAGAUCAACGACAGAUUUAAGUCAAAGUUACCAGUGCCCAUUCCAAUAGAAGUCAUUAUGACCGUUAUCGCAUGUGGCGUCUCCUACGCAUUCAACUUCAGCGAAAAUCACGGAGUGGAUGUGGUGGGGAAAAUUCCAAACACGUUUGAGUCCCCAAUCGCUCCGAGCCUGCAGGUUUUCCAGAUGACAGCAGUGGAGGCUUUCCCAAUAGCUAUUGUGGGAUUUGCCGUGGCUUUUGCAGUAGCUAAAGUCUAUUCUGUGAAGCACGACUACCUUAUAGAUGGAAAUCAAGAACUCAUUGCCUUUGGGGCAAGCAAUAUCUUUGGAGGAGCGUUCAAGUCUCUGGCAGCUAGCACGGCUCUCUCCAGAAGUGCAGUUCAAGAAAGCACCGGAGGAAAAACACAGAUAGCCGGUAUACUGUCUGCCCUUAUUGUGCUGGUGGUAAUCUUGGGGAUAGGGUUUCUGUUGGAACCUCUACCAAAGUCAGUGCUGGGUGCAGUGGUGAUCGUGAACCUGAAGGGGAUGUUGGUGCAGGUGGUUACAGUCCCUUACCUGUGGAAAAAAGACCGUCCUGACUGCAUUGUUUGGGUGGGGACCUGUCUGGCUGCUAUAUUCUUGGGGCUGGACUUAGGACUUGCUGUUGGUCUUGGACUGGAGCUUCUCACUGUGGUCUUCAGGGCUCAAUUUCCACGCUGCUGCGUCCUGGCUAAUAUCUCAGGAACAGAUAUCUACAGAGAUCGCAAGGACUAUGUCAAUAUCUAUGAGCCAGAGGGAGUGAAGAUUUUCAGAAUCCCAUCUCCCAUUUUCUUCGCAAAUAUCGAUUUCUUCAGAGACAAGCUGAAGGAAGCUGUGGGCUUUAAUCCUUUGAGAAUCCUGAGGAAGAGGAAUAAGGCAGUGAAGAAGAUUAAGAAAAUGAUAAAGAAAGGGGAGCUAACCUUAACAUCUAACGGACUACAGGCCACAUGCUCAAUGCCCAUCGAAGAAUCAGAGGAUGAAAGCAACAUGGAGGAUCUAGACAAGCCCACAGACUAUUCAGAUCUUCCGAUCCAGGUGAACUGGAGUACAGAACUUCCUGCCAACAUCCGAGUUCCUCCUGUGAACAUCCACAGUUUGAUCCUGGACUUCUCUGUGGUCUCAUUCCUGGAUAUAUCUGCACUGAAGGGUCUUAAAGCGGCCUUAAAGGAAUUUAUACGCGUCAGUGUUGAUGUUUACAUAGUGGGCUGUGACCCAUAUAUCAUAGAGAAGCUGAGGAAUUGUAAAUUUUUUGAUGAUGAAAUCAAGACAUCUAUCUUCUUUUUGACCAUCCAUGAUGCAAUGCUAUUCAUUCAGGAGUCCCAUCCGCCGAAGACUGUCUCAGGAAGUUCCCGAUCUCAACACAUUAACAGUAGCAGCACAUCCAAUGGGUUGAAAAUCCAAGCGAUGGAAGACAUGAAAAUGGAAGUCGAAACAGACACAAAACCAGAGACAAGCACUCGAGAUGCUUCUGAAAACGAACCAACCAAAAUGCAGCCCUCCGGCAGACACUAUGUGGUGGUAAGACCUCUAUUUUCAGAGGACUCCUUCGCUGAGCAGCACGAGAGGAUCAACAGGAACCGCAAAACUCUGCGGCACCAUCUGAAAGACUAUUUCACUUGCAAUCGAAAUCGUGCAAAGAAUGCAGCUCUUUCCCUUCUACCGAUCAUUGGAUGGAUGAAGAACUACAACAUCAAAGAAUGGCUGCUAGGUGACAUUGUUUCAGGCAUCAGCACUGGGCUAGUGGCAGUGCUACAAGGACUUGCCUUCUCUUUGCUGGCCUCUUUACCUCCGGGAUAUGGACUGUACACUACAUUCUUCCCUGCAAUAAUCUACUUCUUUUUGGGAACCUCCAGACACCUGUCAGUAGGGGCCUUUCCUAUUCUGAGUCUAAUGGUGGGUGCUGUUGUCACCCGACUGGUUCCUGAUGGCGGGCCGCCAGCUAACAUCACUGGAUUUGAAGGACUGAGCAUGGAACAACAGAGGGUUCUAGUUGCUUCCUCGGUUACUUUUGUCAUGGGAGCAUUUCAGCUUAUAAUGGGGCUGCUGCAGGUGGGCUUCAUCGUCAUGUACCUGUCAGAGACUCUGGUGUCGGGAUUCACUACAGCGGCUGCUGUUCACAUUCUGGUAUCCCAGCUCAGGUUUGUGUUGGGAUUGGACUUUCCUGGUGUAAAUGGACCACUCGCCAUUGUCUAUACUCUGGAGAACGUUUUUAGUGACAUCACGAACACCAAUGUGGCCGACCUGGUGACAUCUAUUGUGAUCAUGGUGCUUGUGCUUAUUGUGAAGGAGAUCAAUGACAGAUUCAAGUCGAAACUACCUGUACCCAUACCUAUAGAAGUCAUCAUGACCGUUAUUGCCUGUGGAGUCUCUUAUGCAUUCAACUUCGAAAACCGAUUUAAUGUGGUUGUGAUUGGGGAGAUGGUAAACGGCUAUGAAUCACCAAUUGCUCCAAAUCUGGAAGUCAUCCAGGAGAGUGCAGUGGAGGCUUUUCCUAUGGCCAUAGUGGGAUUUGCUGUGGCUUUCUCAGUAGCUAAAGUCUACUCCAUCAAACAUGACUACACGAUUGAUGGGAACCAGGAGCUCCUUGCUUUCGGGGUGAGCAACAUGUUUGGGGCAUCUUUCCGAGCAUUUGCUGCCAGCACAGCCCUUUCAAGAACCGCUAUACAAGAGAGCACAGGAGGGAAGACGCAGAUAGCUGGAGUUCUUUCAGCCAUGAUAGUACUGAUUGUGAUUGUAGCAGUAGGAUUUCUACUUGAGCCGUUGCCCAGGUCUGUUCUGGGAGCUUUGGUCAUUGUUAAUCUGAAAGGCAUGCUGAUGCAGUUCCGAGAGCUUCCGUUCUUAUGGAAAAAUGACCGGACUGAUUUUGUGACCUGGGUGGUGACCUUCGUGGCCUCUCUUUUCCUGGGGCUGGAUUUGGGGUUGGCUGUGGGUCUCGGGGCAGAAUUGUUCACUGUGGUCUACAGGACUCAAUUCCCACGCUGUUCCCUCCUGGCCAAUAUUACAGGAACUGACAUCUACAGGGAUUGCAAAGACUACAACUGUAUUUACGAACCUGAUGGAGUUAAAAUAUUCAAAAUUCCCUCACCCAUCUUCUUUGCUAAUAUUGAUUUCUUCAGAGACAAACUGGUCCAAGCAGUGGGUUUUAGUCCCCUAAAGGUGUUGAAGAAAAGGAACAAAGCUCUACGAAAGAUCAGAAAAAUGUUGCGUAAUGGAGAACUGGAGGUUUCAGAGAGUGGCCUUAAGGUGAGACAACCAUCAGCUGAUACUUCAGAGGACAACAGCAUGGAGGGUCUGGACCAGCCCAUUGAUUUCUCUGGCAUUCCAAUCCAGGUGAACUGGAACACAGAACUGCCGGCCAACAUCUCUGUCCCUGCUGUGAACAUCCACAGUGUGGUCCUCGACUUCUCGGCGGUCUCAUUCCUCGAUUUAUCUGCUCUCAAGGGCCUCAAAGCGACCCUGAAAGAGUUUUUACGAAUCGAGGUUGACGUCUACAUAGUCUCGUGUGAUGUGUACAUCAUGGAGAAACUUCAUCAAUGUUCAUUUUUUGAUGACGAGAUUAAGACGUCCAUAUUUUACCCCACACUACAUGAUGCCAUGUUGCACAUUCUGGAGAUGCAUCCAGAUCACGGAGAACUAGAAAAGGAUCUAGACAUAAACUACGAAGUGAUUCAGAGAGACAGUAUAACUGUGUGAAGAACAGAAGACUGUGAGCAGAAAUACUCUUUAAAUCAGACGUGAAAGGUUGUGGUAAAAGUUUUAUGAGUGCAGCCAAACAAUGUGGGUAGACAUCGCUUACAACACUGUCACAACACAUUAUCUAGACCUACAUUUCCUUCUGGCCAGUGGCUGUUUUGAGAAAAAUGUACUAUUUUAGUUUACAGCAACUUGUAUUCAUUGUUACCAUGUUUACUGGUGAUUUACUGUCCUAACAGUAAAUUAAUUAAUCGUUGUUUGUGGUUUAGUGGACAAACUGUCACAAGGGGCGAGCAGAAGCAUUACAAAUGUUAACUGAGUGAGACAAUUAAGUUUUAAAGACAAGACAUAGCUAUGAAGGAAAAUAAUUCCUACCUUACAAACGUGGACUUCCGUUAUAACGUUCAUCUAACACCGCACCUGUUCCUGCUCAGAGAGCAAAGUCUACCUGUACAGGUGACUUCCAGGUCUUAAUUCUCCGCAGUCCUGUAAAUGUUUCCACCUUGAUGUAUGGGGACAAGGAAAAUAAUGUAAAAACGCUGAAAGUGUAACAUAUCAUUUAUUUUUUAAACGCACAAACCGUUUUUCGGGGCUGCGGAUGGAUUUCUGAAGUCGGUGUUUCGCCAACCAAUCAAAAUCUUGACGGGCGUGACGCCAUAUAAUAGUUAAUGUAGUUUUAACGUACUCAUUUUACUUUUUCGGAUUGUUAAAUCAAAUGUCUGCUCUUCUCCUGUUGAGUCCACGCCGUCCCAACAAAAAUGUAUGCCACAGUUCCUACGUUACUUAUUAUAUUUGUAUAUUUAUUCAUGUUGGAUUAGAAUAUAGAUAUAUAUAUAUAUAUUCUGUAAAGCUGAAUUAUUCAGAAUCAAUUUCCUCUCUCUCUGGAGUGUUUUGCACAGACCUACUUGUCUAUAUUAUAUUUAUGUAUGUUAUUUACUGCACUAUGUAUUUUGAAACAAAACAAUCCAAGCAUG